UACAUACAUACAUACAUACAUACAACCACGCGACAUUAACCAGACCCAUAUAUUCCCAUUACAGUACAGUAAUCGCAGCAGCACCCAGCAGCGCGUCUACAUCAACCAACCAACCAACCAACCAGAUAGCAGCCAUGAAGUGCACAUCCUACGCAGCCCUCGGCGCGAUCUUCGCCGCCACCGCCGCCGUAGCGCAGGACUUCUCCGGGUCGGGGCAGAUCUGGAUCAUCAACAGCACGAGCCUCGGGGGCGCGACGCCGGCCGAGAGCAUCGGGUGCCUGGACGCCACGGGAGCCCUCUCGCUCGACGACUGCGCGACCUUCACCAAACUCAGCACGUAUCCCCUAACCGUCUCGAGCGAGGCCGGCAACUGCACCUUCGACGACUCCAGCCAGCCCGCCAACACGGACAGCGUGUACGGCGCCCACUCGUACGCCUGGCACUGUCUCGACGGCUACGUCGCCACCACGUCUGAUCAACUGUACACCAUCAAUGGAAUGAAUUACCCGUUCUUAUGCCACGCAGACACCGACUGCUACUACGACAUCAAGCUCCUCCCCAGCAGCGAUACCACCGCGCCGGUAUGGAGUUACCUCUGGGGAUCGCAGCAGACGUCGGUUCCGGCUGGUCACACGAAAGUGAUGUGGUACUGGAACAAGACAUCCUAGGAUAGGUACCUAGCCAAGGAUACCAAGCAGCUUGGGAGAAGGGGGGCAGGGUUAAUUUUUCCCGCCCCACCGCCGUCAAGUUCUGGUGGGGGGGGGGGGGGGGGGGUUUCGCGAUGGGAGGAUAUUUGUGUCUCUUUUGGGUAUAACCGGUGCAUGGGAGGGGGUUUAAUGAAUUUCAAGUUUAUUCGGG